AUGCACGGUAUCACCUCAACAGCUUCUGCCAUGGAAGGCAUCGCUCGAUGGGUUCGUUCUCUUUAUCCCGACAUCUACGUUGUUUCAAUCGAAAUCGGAAAUGGAAAAGUCGAUUCAUACUUUCUUCCAUUAGAUGUUCAAGUUGAAAAAUUUUGUGUUUUCGGUGUUCCUUAUCUUCUGCAAUUACCGAUCGAACUUCGAGAUUUGCUAACAAAAUACGCGUACGAAACGGCGAUACAAAAUGCGGUUAGUCCAGCGAAUUACUGGCGCGAUCCUGAGCAAUUAGAUCGAUACUAUUCGAAUUGCCAUUAUCUUCCUGAUAUCAAUCGAAUGAAUUGUAACAAACAAUCCCAUCCUCAAAAUGUCUCUCAAUUUAAACACGUUCAAGAUCGUUUGCAUUCUGCCCAAAUGAAUGACCAUCGGACCUUAACGGAUUUUAGACCUUAG